AUGCUCAGUCUUUCCCGGCUGACGCUUCUCCUCUGUUGCGCGUGGGCCGGUACGCUCCUUUACGGGGAGAUGUUCACCUACUGGCUCCCCUUCUGGACAUGCUCCUGGCCGCACGGGGAAUUCUCCUCCUCGGUAAGCGAAGAGCUGCUAUAAAGACUGCUUUUGUUUUCCCUCUCGAACAGUUUACCUCCUACGGUUUGAUUUUUGGACGCUCCCCUACCGAUCCAUUCGGUAGAUCCUCUAUGCUCGAAUCGGCAGACUGUGAUCGUCCUUCCCCGUGCGAGGUAGAAUGCCACCAAGAACAGUAACUGCUUACGCGGAUCUCGUCUGUCUCGUCACAUCUGGUUCAUUCGGGGGAUAACAAGCACCCCCGAACGCAUCAGAUGUGUUCGAGGGGUACAUCGCGGCCUCUUCAAAAGGAGAAAGAAAACGUAAAUUACGUGCUCUCUCUAUCUCCCUAAGAAGGGAAUUUCUAUUUCGUCGUCGUAGGAGAAUCUCUCUCCACUGACACAUGUUUGUUUGCAUACGCAUCGACCUCAGUCAGACAUCAGUGACCUCUUCUGUCUCUUUGCUCAGGUUUUCAUUCUCACUCCUAACAAAAGCCUUCAGAUUCGUUCGCUCAUUUUCAAAUUUUGCUCUUCGAACAUCGCUUAUUUAUUUUUUCAUUCACAAACUCACACGCUGUCUUCCUUGUGUGCGUCAAAUGGAGACGUUAUGCUCUUGGGAAAUCCAUUUAAAUGAUGGGCGUAAUAGAAUCAUGUUGUAAAAGUGUAUCAUUGACGCCUCUAAACUCUUACUAUCUUGUGGUUGUUAUUGGAUGAGACCUGCCAUCAUGGUGACAAUUCCGACUGUUUUGGGGCCUUACAAUUUUGGUCGGGUUUUCAUUGUUUGUGCACUCACUGUUCUUGUUGUUUGGGUACCAUUUCAAGUAGAGAGUUACAUCACAGAGGUAUACUCCAAUAGCGGAAGUGAGAGUUUGACCAAUGUUAAUGUUAGAACGACAGAGAUCAACAUGAGUUACGGUAGAACUGGCUCAAGAAAGUUUAGAGGUCAUGGAAAAGGCCACUUAGGCCGCUUCUCUACUUUGGGCAUUUAAUUAUCCUGUGACAACUAUUGCAUUUCUGUGACGUGCUUGUGCGAAUGAUUCACUGUACAAUGCAGUGUAUAGCAGUUAUUUUCUUACGGGCAGGACUCUGUAUUCAUUCUAGGAAGUCCUCCUUGGAAUUGAUCAUCAACUGGGGACUCAUAGUGUAACAUAAUGUGCGGAAUAAGCGUUCAAUUUAUUCUUGGUUAGAUACCACGGUUGUAUGACAUGGAUAUGACACAAGUUUAUGAAGAUUAUUGAGCCACAGAAACCUGUCAAAAUCUUUUCGAGUUUCCCUAUGCGGCUAAGCCGCAUGUUAAUCGGAUAACUGUACACUCAAUCAUCUCCCUAUAGGGGAAUCAAAAUCACAUUGGACACAACAGGGGUUUGUUAGUGGUUUUUAUGUCCUCACAUGUUUACAUAUCCUAUCAUGGAAUCAUUUCUCCCUAUUGUCUGCCUAACCACCCUUUUUGACCUGUCAUUCAUUUGAUUCUACAGAUAAUGGGCAUCAAACAAAAUCCAGAUGACCGUCUGAAUGUUGCAGUUCUGGCUGAUCCACAGGUUUAAUUACCUUCCCUUUCUUCUAUUUACCUUUUUAUUUCCAAUAUGUUGUUCUCUUUAUCUUUUCAUAUCUUGGCUCCAGGCUUCAGUUUCUUUUGCUGAAUUUUGAAUUGUCACUCCCAUUUAUGAGAUUUUGAUUCAAAUUGAAGGAAUCAAUGUUGCUUUACAGAAGAAUGACUUCUGUUUGACAGAAAACUGAACUGCGAAUGGUGUAGCAUUACAAAAUCUGUGGAUGGAUUAUUAAACUUACCUCUUGGUUUCUUGAAAUUGGACGAGUUAGUUUAAUAUUCUAGAAAAGCAUUCUAAACAUUUAUUUUUGGUUAGAAAUUUUGUAUUUUAUUACCGUUUUAAAGCUCAAAUUUGUUAUGACAGCUUAUGGAUCGGACAUCUCUGGGCCUUCCUCCAGAAUCAAUGGUACUAGAGGCUGCAAAAUUUUACACGGAUCUGUACAUGAGAAGAUCUUUCUUGUCGUCUAUUCUGCCUUUCAAGCCUGAUAUAGUGCUGUUUCUGGGUGAUCAAUUUGACGGGGGACCGUUGUUGUCAGACCAAGAGUAAGGAAAGCUUAUUUAGUUGUGUUAUUGUUUUUUGUAUCAUAUAUGGCCGGUCGUUGACGGUGAAUUUACAUUUUGACAGUCCGUCUAGUUUUUUUGGUCUUUUGUGUUCUACUCUGCUCAUUUUGGUUGCUAAAACACGGGCCUUAUGUAUUUACGUAUUUUUGUUUUUGUGUUGUCAUCAAUCAAAGCUGUAUAUUAUGCGCUUAGACACUGGGUGGCAUAACACUAGAUUUGUUAAAAGUGUUGUAGACAUUGUCUUCAUUUAGUGACGUUCAUACUAACCUCUGAAUCAAAGGUUACACGCUAAGGAACUCCUCUUGCGAUCUUUAUGAACUCCAAGCAACCCACUGGCGUUCCCAUGAUAUCCGCAAUGAUUGUGUAAAACUUUUCAUUGUACGUAGUACAAACAUUCAAUAAAUAGACCACAUGGACGAUUGACAUCUUUGUCUAUGCUAAUUACUGAUAAUGCACAUGACCUCUCUAUAUAUCCUACCGACUCCAGGUUACAAUUUUUUUUCUCUUGAAAUAUUAACUAACCUCUCAGUAAUGUUAUCACAAGUAGGGUAAGGCAAUUGGACUUCACUUUCAAUUGAAGUUGCAAUCAUGCAACCGAAUAGUUUUGACAUUUUGAUGCCUUCAGGUCACAUUGAGAAACGAUUGGUUUGCAGAUAGGUUCUGCAGGUUCCAUUAUCCAUCUCUUGGAUUUAACCUCUCCAGGACAGGUCUCCAUUCUCCAUCCUCUUGCACCGAGGGUGAACAUGACUGAUAUGCCUCUAGCGCAGAAGCUCAUACACUUCUGACUUGGUGAAGGUCAAAUCAUCUUCUCUCCUUGCUUUCGACCUUAGCCAUAUUAUUUCACUAUUCUCGACUUAUGCUGUGUGCCGACCAUGAACUUUUUGGUGCUGGCUAUAUACGUUGGGGAGGCCUACUUGGGUCCUUUUCUCAUUACACUAAUAGAACUUGCCGAAUCCCAAGAAAAAUGCAUAUCUCAGCAAGUAGACUGAUUGUUCUCUCUGGUUGUGCUUCCUGGAUAUAAGAAAACGUUUUUUUAUCCGAAUUAAGAAUAAAAAAUCUUUAAAAUACGCUAAUUUAUUGAUGACAAUGUUCUCUAUAUUGAAUACGCUUUUCCUGAAUUUCAUCUUGAAGGAUGGCUCAAAAAUGUUAACUGAUCUACUUUUUUUACGCUCUCUUUACAGGUGGAAGGAAUCCUUAAAUCGUUUCAAGCAUAUAUUCUAUUUAAAGGAACGAGGAAGGGAUGCGGACAUCAAACUUUACUACCUUAGUGGGAACCAUGACAUUGGGUAUUCUGGUCUGCACUCUCAUCAUCCGGAGGUACGUUUUGAAGAACGGUUGAUACUUUCUCUGAUUGUCUUCGAAGGAUCUUGAUCUAGAUGAAUGCAAAUGAAAGGGAAGGGCAUCAGGAAGUGAUUUACCUCAAAUCUGUCCCAUUAGAGAAUAAAUUGAUCUCCUCGUACAAAUUUUCUGGCUAUGGAGGCACAAUUCGUGGCCUUUGAUGAGCUUCAUUAUAUCUUUCUUGUUCUAAUCCUCUCACAGCCACAAUGACCAUCCAUCAGUAAGAUGCUUGAAGGAUCAACAUUAACUAUCAUGAGAUCAUUAUUUUCCUUUUCCAAAUACAUGCUUCAGAAGACUUCCAUGGAUUCCUCUUUUCGGAAGUUGACGGAAGUUUCAUUUGUAUUGGUAAUAUAGCAUGUUCCAUUGAUUAAAAUAUAACUCUACCAUUCUUCAGUAGAUAAUUGUCUGCUCCACCCCAACUAUGGCGCAUUCAAACUUUUGAGGCAUUGAGCCUCCACAAUACUUGAUACUCCAGUUUAAUGAUAUCCAAUGCCAGUUGUAAUCGAGUUGAACUUUUGCGGGCUCUUGUGCUGCUCUUUGAGUGAACUUUAUGCCGAAUUUAAUGUAACAUACGUAUAUAUACAUCCAUGUAAGAGUAGCGGAUUUGCAACAUUAUAUUUUUAUGUGACAGGUGAUUAGCCGCUUUGAGAAAGAUUUUGGCUUGCGAAACUAUCGCUUCAGUGUUCAGAAGGUGGACUUUAUUGUUAUUGAUGCCCAAACACUGGAUGGUAACCACAACAUUUUCAUUUUUCUUGGGGAUCUACUUAUUAUCAUGCAUUAAUACCCUUAGACAGAGAUAAUUGGCUCUAUAUUGUUUGAUAUUUUCUCUCUUUUUUAAUGAAUAAAUGAGUUUUAAUGGCUACAUAGUAUGCUUUAUAGAUAUUGACCAUGUGUUUAUGCAAUGAUACCACCCCACAGUACAUUCAAUAAAAAUACGAAGAAAUUAGAUCAAGAAUGGUCUUUGGCUAUGAGCUCAGUGGAACAGAGGAUAUUAUGCUAGAGGACUAUUACAACUUUCAAGAAUCCCUGGUGUAUUUUGGCAUGUCUGCCUAUGUCAAACUCUUGUUUAUGGAUAGAUUUUAGAAAUGUAUUUAGCAUCAGACCUUAUAUUGGAAUCAGUGACUAGAAAAGCAGUUGAUUGAAAUGGGAUCAAAUAUCGAAAGUCUAAGACAGAAAAAUGUGAUUAGCUGGGUCAUUCCACGAAUAUGCAAUGGAAAACAUGAUUAUUUUCCUCAUGCAGCUGUCUAUUUCGACUAGAAAAUCCCAAUCAAGAAUAUUUAGUACUAUACAUGCAUAGAUAACUUUAUGGAUCAUGAGCCCCUUGGUGCGCUUAUAAUCCUUCAGAUGCUGUGUAACCGUCUAUGUUAGAAAAUGUUGAGGAUUAAAUCAUUGUGUCAGGUGUGACUUGCAGAAGAUGUUCAUCAUCCCAUUUGAAAGAAGUUUCUGUUGUACCAGUUCACUUCUGUGAUUAGUGGUCGAAUAACAUGUAGGUUCUUUAUUGAGUAGUCCUUUCACCCAGAUAUUUCGCUGAUGACCGUAUGAUGUAUGACGUGCCAGCCUUUUCCAAAUAUGGCGGGCCUUUUAGACACAAAUUAUUUUCACGAAAACCCUUCACAUGCUUCUAGAAACUCUAGCUAAACGAGUUCCAUUUAAUGCCCACAUUAUGCCCCAGGUAAUGUGAUUAAAUGGUGUUGGAGGUUAUGGGAAGUUUGUUUGAUCCUGCAUGCUUCUUGCCAGGAACCUUUUGUAUGACAUCCAUUUAAUUUCUUUAUGAUGAAUAAUAAAAAAAAUCAUAUUCUGGCGUACGCCCAAUCUUAUUGAUAUUUUGUAUAAGAAAAUAAAGUCAUUUUUGAGGGCUUUUUUAUGUGUGGAAAAUUAAUACCUUCUCAUGCUGCAAAGCAUUUCUGUUUGCUAUGAUUGGUUGUCUUGAUCAGGACCUACAAAAGGGAACUUCACAUCUUUAACGUGGGAUUUCAUCAAAAACAUAUCAAAGGGUCUGUAACGUUAAUGUUUGCUUGGAACUGGACACUACAUUUUAUCUUGAUGUCUCAUAACAAAAAUCAUAUUAUUUAUGUUCUCUUUAGAUCCUUCACCAAAUUCCAGGGUUCUGUUGACACAUAUCCCUCUCCAUCGCCCUGAUGGAACACCUUGUGGUCCUCACCGUGUUUCCCCAAUUAUCAAUCAAGUAUGUAUUUGCGUUACAAUUUUACUAUUUUACCUCAACUGAUUUGGUUAUGCUAAAAUAUUGCCUUUUUUAAUAUAUUUUCAGAGGGUCUCCCAUGCUGGACCGGAUCAAGGAAUAACGUAAGUUUCCACACGUGGGACUCCUAUUUCUUUCGUUCAAUUCUUAGAAUUUCUUAUGUUGUAUGCUAUAUUCCAUAGACUGUCUGUUGUUAGACAAACUGCUUACUUUUGGUAACAACUUACCGAAGGUUCAAGAAAACAGAUCUCAGGGUGAUGAUGCUGCCAAAAUCGAGCCUAUUGGUUGAAUUUCAUUGAUUGACUGUGCCGUGACUACUUAUAGUCUUCUUUUUGUUAUUUGAUGAGGUGAUUUAGUUUGUAUCUACCGUGAGUUUAUAUCCUUAUGAGACCCUUGACAAUAUGUGUCUAUUAAAUUCGUGUAGAUAUCAGAAUUACCUCACUGAAAAAACAUCUGAAAAAUUGUUAGAGUUGAUCAAGCCGGUAAGUUCACUUUUCAUCCUCUCCAUGUGUUCAAAUACGUGGAAUUCGUGUCAAUAAGUUACAAUUACAUGUCACUUUUUCGAGUAGUAGGUUAUGAAGAUAACACAGGAAGCACUAAAAACUAGUCUUUGUUCAGAUGCUCGUCCUGUCUGGCCAUGAUCAUGAUCAAUGCUCUGUGACCCACUCCACAUCUUUUGGGCCAGUGGUGGAGGUACGUGUAUGAAAGCAGAUGCUGAUUUAGUAAACUUCACUCUAAUCUAACCUCGUAAGUUCUGCAGCAUACUCUGGGAACCGUGAGCUGGCAGCAGGGGAACCUGUAUCCUUCGUUCAUGCUGCUUUCUGUGUUUGCCCCAGCGGUUAUAAAUACAACCCAAGGACAUCAAGUGUCAACCAGUCUAUGUUUUCUUCCGAGGCAAACACACAUUUACAUAUGGUAGUGUGGUUUUUUUUCUGUAUAAUCAGUGAAUGUACAGACUCGAUCAUAUCUCUAUUCUUGUGACUCAUUACAUAUACUAUCACUGCGUUGUCAGGUACUUAUGCCUAUUUGCCGUGACCAUCCUCAUGGUGUCAUUCUGGCCCUCAAGUGGUGUCGGCUGUUGGGAUCGAUUUGUUCAGGUAAUCAGCAGCUUUAUAACGACUACAAAGGAGAAGAAUGAAGAUGAAGACUGUGAGUAUGAAAUGGUUUGGGAUGCAGAGGGAUCCAUGCAUCUUGUGAAGAAAGCAACACCAAAGGCACUAGCUUCAUCUUCGAAUGACACUGGACUGAUGGGAAGGUGCAUUUGUGCUUUUCUAGUUCACAUUUCUUUUAUGGGACGUAGAUGGCAAUAAUUUUCUUGAGCCUGCUGCACCUGCGUACUUUUUAUUAUUAUUUUUCAUUUACAAUUUACCAAGUAGACAUCAUAAACCAAUAUUCGGUAACUCCUCUCAGGGGCAAUGCUAUAGCACGGCCCGCAGCAAAGAAAUAUUUGCGCCAGGAGGCAGAGCCAUCCUUCGCAGUGGAUAUGAGCACAGAUGUGAAGUCAGCAGAGACUUGUUCUGGAAAAUCGAGAGCAGGAAGGGCUGCUCAACGGCUGGUUCGCAUACUCCGAUUGCUUUUGAUCAUCGCUACCGUUAAUGUACCUCUGUACAUUAUGUUGUUGUUUAAGGAUUGGAUUUAA